AUGUUCACGUCCACGUCCAUGUCCACGUCCACGUCCACGUCCAUGUCCACGUCCACGUCCACGUCCACGUCCACAACCGCGUCCACGACCACGUUCAUCCACGUCCAAGUCCACCCCCGCCCCAUUCUCCCGCUUUCCAUCACCCCGCCCCCUUCUCCUGCUUUCCAUCACCGCACCCCGUUCUCCCGCUUUCCAUCACCCCGCCCCAUUCUCCCGCUUUCCAUCACCCCGCCCCGUUCUCCCGCUAUCCAUCACCCCGCCCCGUUCUCCCGCUUUCCAUCAUCCCGCCCCAUUCUCCCGCUUUCCAUCACACCGCCCCAUUCUCCCGUUUUCCAUCACCCCGCCCCAUUCUCCCGCUUUCAAUCACCCCGCCCCAUUCUCCCGCUUUUCCUCACCCCGCCCCAUUCUCCCGCUUUCCAUCACCCCGCCCCAUUCUCCCGCUUUCCCUCACCGCGCAACCAGUCUUCCGCUUUCCAAAGCCCCCCCCCCAUUCUCCCGCUUUCCAUCACCCCGCCCCCUUCUCCCGCUUUCCAUCACCCCUCCCCAUUCCCCGUCCUUCCAUCACCCCACCCCAUUCUCCCUCCUUCCAUAACCCCGCCCCAUUCUCCUGCUUUCCAUCACCCCGCCCCAUUCUCCCGCUUUCCCUCACCCUGCCCCAGUCUACUUCUUUCUGUCACCCCGCCCCACUCUCCCGCUUUCCAUCACCCCGCCCUAUUCUCCCUCCUUCCAUCACCCCACCCCAUUCUCACUCCUUCCAUCAUCCCGCCCCAUUCUCCCGCUUUCAAUCACCCCACCCCAUUCUCCCUCCUUCCAUCACCCCCCCCCCCUUCUCCCUCCUUCCAUAACCCCGCCCAAUUCUCCCGCUUUCCAUCACCCCGCCCCAUUCUCCCGCUUUCCAUCACCCCGCCCCAUUCUCCUGCUUUCCAUCACCUCGCCCCAUUCUCCCGCUUUCCAUCACUCCGCCUCAUUCUCCCGCUUUCCAUCAGCCCGCCCCAUUCUCACUCUUUCCAUCAACCCACCCCAUUCUCCCUCCGUCCAUCACCCCGCCCCAUUCGCCUGAUUUCCAUCGCCCCGCCCUAUUCUCCCAUUGUCCAUCACCCCGCCUCAUUAUCCCGCUUUCCAUCACCCGCCCCAUUCUCUCGCUUUCCAUCACCCCGCCCCAUUCUCCCGCUUUCCAUCACCCCGCCCCAUUCUCCCGCUUUCCAUUAUCCCACCCCAUUCUCCCUCCUUCCAUCGCCCCGCCCCUUUCCCCCGCUUUCCAUCGCCCCGCCCCAUUCUCUCGUUUUCCAUCACCCGGCCCCAUUCACCCGCUUUCCAUCACCCCGCCCCAUUCUCUCGCUUUCCAUCACCCUGCCCCAUUCUCCCAAUCUCCAUCACCCCGCCCCAUUCUCCCUCCUUCCAUCACCCCGCCCCAUUCUCCCUCCUUCCAUCACCCCGCCCAAUUCUCCCGCUUUCCAUCACCCCGCCCCAUUUUCCCGCUUUCCAUCACCCCGCCCCAUUCUUACUCUUUCCAUCAUCCCAUCUCAUUCUCCCUCCUUCAAACACCCCGCCCCAUUCUCCCUCUUUCCAUCACCCCGCCCCAUUGUCCCGCUUUCCAUCACCACGCCUCAUUCUCCCUCCUUCCAUCACCCCGCCCCAUUCUCCCUCCUUCCAUCACCCCGCCCCAUUCUCCCGCUUUCCAUCACCCCGCCCCAUUCUCCCGCUUUCCAUCACCCCGCCCCAUUCUCCCGCUUUCCAUCACCUCGCCCCUUUCUCCCGCUUUCCAUCACCCCGCCCCAUUCUCCCUCCUUCCAUCACCCCGCCCCAUUCUCCCACUUUCCAUCACCUCGCCCCAUUCUCCCGCUUUCCAUCACCCCGCCCCAUUCUCCCGCUUUCCAUCACCCCGCCCCAUUCUCCCUCCUUAACCCCGCCCCAUUCUCCCUCCUUCCAUCACUCCGCCCCAUUCUCACUCCUUCCAUCACCCCGCCCCAUUCUCCCGCUUUCAAUCACCCCGCCCCAUUCUCCCGCUUUCCAUCACCCCGCCCCCUUCUCCUGCUUUCCAUCACCGCACCCCGUUCUCCCGCUUUCCAUCACCCUGCCCCAUUCUCCCGCUUUCCAUCAUCCCGCCCUGUUCUCCCGCUUUCCAUCACCCCGCACCGUUCUCCCGCUUUCCAUCACCCCGCCCCAUUCCCCCGCUUUCCAUCACACCGCCCCAUUCUCCCGUUUUCCAUCACCCGGCCCCAUUCUCCCGCUUUCCAUCACCCCGCCCCAUUCUACCGCUUUCCAUCACCCUGUCCCAUUCUCCCGCUUUCCAUCACCCCGCCCCAUUCUCUCGCUUUCCAUCACCUCGCCCCAUUCUCUCGCUUUCCAUCACCCCGCCCCAUUCUCUCGCUUUCCAUCACCCCGCCCCAUUCUCUCGCUUUCCACCACCCCACCCCAUUCUCCCCCUUUCAAUCACCCCACCCUAUUCUCCCGCGUUCAAUCACCCCGCCCCAUUCUCCCUCCUUCCAUCACCCCGCCCCAUUCCCCCUCCUUCCAUCACCCCGCCCCAUUCUCCCUCCUUCCAUCACCCCGCCCCAUUCUCCCGCUUUCCAUCACCCCGCCCCAUUCUCCCGCUUUCCAUCACCCCGCCAAAUUCUCCCGCUUUCCAUCACACCGCCCCAUUCUCCCUCCUUCCAUCACCCCGCCCCAUUCUCCCUCCUUCCAUAA